UUAUAAAUGGCGAAUAACGUGAAAUAUAUUUUCUGAAGUCGACAGUUCGUGUGUCUUAAGUUAGUGUUUCACGCAGGGAUUAAUGACAUUAUUUCGAUAUCAGCGCAGUGCUUUGCCGCAUUGAGGCUUAUUUUUGAACGCCUGAAUUCAUCGGAAAUUCCUGACAAUAUUUUUCCAGGUGUUUGAACUACUACAGUAUACCUGUAUUAUUGACUGACAAGUACAACAACUGGCGGAGCCCCUUUUUUCUGCAUGCUUGUCUUCAGCAUGGCAAUUCCCCAGUUGAAAUAAAAACUGGAUGUUGAAUAUAAAAGAGUUAGAGCACAAGAUUAUGUCAACUGCAGAUGACAAUAUACCAAAGAAAAUGGCAACCAAAAAGUCAAAGAAAGCUAAUUUACUUGCACUCACUCCAGAGCAAAAGGAGUAUGUUAAGCAACAGAAGUUUAAAGGAGAUGGAAUGCUGUUCCGAGCAAAGUUGAUAGGCAUUGAGAGCGUGCCUCAAGCCAGAGGCGACAAAAUGUGCCAGGAGGCCAUGCAGAGGUUAAAGGUAAUAGUGUCUUCGGAAAACUCUGAUAACAUCCUAACAAAAGCCUGUGACACACACAUUCUUGAACAAAAACUAAUAAGGUUUAAUCAGUGUGCCAAAACAUUGAUGACUGAUGUUAUUGAAAAUUAA